UGGCUCAUCUCACGGAUCUUGCCUUCUCCUUUUCCCACCCGGCCACCCCUUAUCUUUCUUUCUACUACUAUUUUUUCACUUUUUUUUUCUUUAUUUAAAUUAAAUUGAAUUAAAUUUAUUAAAAAAUAUUAAUAAAAAUAUUUGGGAGGGGGGUUCCUACACAUCUUGGUAUAUAUAAGACCCAUCUUGAAGAACUGAUGAAAGGUCAGUCCAUUGUGCCAAAAAAAUCAUAAAAACAUCAUCUCUUUAUCUAUCUAUAUUGUCAGCAAAAAAGCAUACUUUCAUUCAUAUACUCAUAUAUAUUUACACAAACACAAAAAAAAAAAAUUAUAAAAAAAAAGGAGAGAAAAUGGCAGCAUCUUGGGUUAAAACUAUUACCUCUCCUUUCAAAAAAGCUUGCACCUUUGUCAAACAUCAACCUCCAAAGGAUAAGAAAUCUAAGCAAGAAAAUGAGAAUACAGUGAUGGCUUUACAUGGAGAGGUGAUGGCUUGCACAUACGAGGAUGUCCAGGUCAUGUGGUCUAUGUUGGAUAAAUCCAAGCCCGGAGCCUGCAAUAUGACGUCCUGACUCCAUCCAAAUGGGCCUUACUUUGGGUUCACUUAUCCAUACCCAAUUCGGCCCAUUUCUUCUUAUUGGCCCGUUCACCUCGGCAUUUGUGUCCAUGUAGAUAAUAUGUUAUUUUGGAUAAUGCUUUGGAGAAGCCAACUUAUUAAAAACCAAAAAAACCAAAAUAUAAUUAUGUGAAGUAAUUAUUUUUUUUACCUUUUUAGUUUUUAGGAGUAUGGUUAUUUGCCAUCCCCAAUGGCUUCACCAUCAAUUGGAAGCUUAGGGUCUUUUUUUUUUUUUUUUUCUUUUUCUCAUCCUAAUUUGUAAUGUGUUUAGUAGGCAAUCCCCGUGUAAAAUAAUAUUUAUCACGGCGAGAUUUUUUCAAUGAGAUUAUUAAUCUUCCUUGA